AUGCUCGCGAUGUACAAACAGUCUGUCGCUCUGUUGUCGGCGUCUCGUACCCUUCAGCGGCGGACAAUAUGUUCCAGCCGUGUACGAUACAACAAACAGUCUGAUUCUGAUCCAACGAAGCCGAAUUCCUACAAAGAUAAAACAGAAAAAGAUAUGCUUUACGAGCUUGAAUUGGCGGAUUUCCGCCCACCGUGGGUCUACACUGGGACCAAGCUCCUCACUUACCUUGUCGUCCCUGCUAUAGCCCUCUACGCUAUCUUCAUCUAUGAUUUUGGCGAUCGAGAACAUGUGUUCCAGCCACCCCGCCGAUGGCUCCUGAAACAGAAAGAGUCCUUUUUCACGCUAACUCCCGAAGAACAAAAGCUAAUCAAGUCUGCUGAAAAUUCGCCCUUCUCAAAGCCACCACCAUCAUCAUGA